AUGGGAUGGAUGAAAGUGGGGAGGGAGUUGUUACUUCUCAUGGAUAAGUGGGGAUUUUGGAAUAUUAGAGGCUUUAAUAAGACUAGUAGGGUGUGUGAUGUACUUUGCUUCCUGAAACAUCAUAACAUUGGUCUGUUUGGGCUUCUUGAAACUAAAGUGAAGGAUGGAAAAUUUGCUGGUGUUUUUCCCAAGUUUGGGGGUGAUUGGAGUGUUAUCACUAAUUACUCGAAGCAUAGGGGAGGGAGAAUUUGGGUUAUAUAUGGAUGCCUGGGGUGUUUCAUGUUGAUGUUAGGUCAAUUGUUUCACUUGGUAGCAAGGCAUAUUGCUUCUGGGUGGUCUUUUGAUUAUACGGUUGUGUAUGGUUUAAAUGAGGCUAGUCAAAGAAUGGAGUUAUGGGAUAACCUCAGAAGUAUUAGAAGAAAUAUUCAUGGGCCUUGGAUGAUAGGAGGAGAUUUCAAUAAUGUGUUAAAUCUUGGUGAUAAGGAAGCUUGGUCGAGUGAUGUUCAUGGUAUAGAGAUGUUUAAAGUGGUGAAGAGGCUAAAGAGUGUCAAGCAGGCUUUAAAGGAUUUGAACCUGACUCAUUUUUCAGAUGUUGAGGUGGCUGAUGCUGAAGCUCAUAAGAAAUUGGUGGAAGUACGGGUUCAGCUAAAUGAUGAGCCUAGAAAUCUUGAUUUCAUUAAGUUGGAAAUAGAGGAAAGGAAUGCUUAUGAAACAGCUCAUAGUGCUAGAUUCAAAUUCCUGAAGCAGAAGGCAAAGUUCCAUUGGCUCAAGGAUGGAGAUUUUAAUAUUGCGUUCUUUCAUGCAAGUUUGAAAAAGAGAAGAGUUCAAAAUAAUGUGUAUUUAAUUAUGGACAAUGUCGGGGUGUUGCAUAGUGAUCUGGAUGUUAUAAGCUCUGAUUUUAUUGAUUUUUACACUAAUCUACUAGGGUCUCAAUCUGCAGCUACUGGCAAGGUGCAUCUAAAAGUUAUUUCAGAAGGGCAAGUGUUAUCUGAUGAAGCUGGGUUGGGUAUUUCUAGGCCAUUCUCUAGUAAUGAUGUAAAGAAUGCUAUUUGGAGUAUCCAGGAUGACAAAGCUCCAGGCCCGGAUGGUUUUUCGAGCAAAAAUGGGAGUAUGCUUAAGCAGGUCAACAAUACUACUUUGACUCUUGUUCCCAAAGUUGAAAAUGAUGACAAAGUUUCCCAAUUUCGACCCAUAGCUUGUUGUAAUGUCCUAUACAAAAUCAUUUCAAAGAUGCUCUGUGCUAGGUUAAAAGAAGUGUUGCCUGGAUUGAUCAACGAUUUAAUGUUAUUUGCCUAUGGGAAUAAGAAGUUUGUUUCUCUUUUGAUCCAAGCUCUCAAAGCUGUUGAACAUUGUUCAGGUUUACAGGUAAAUUCUGAAAAGACAACUGUUUACUUUGGUUGUGUUCCAAAGACUGUUCAACAAGGAAUCCUGGAGUUUUUUGGGUUUGUUCAAGGUACUUGUGCGUUUAGAUAUCUUGGUAUUCCAUCGGAUACUAGAAAGCUCAAAUCUGCAGAGUAUGAUGUUUUGAUUGAUAAAAUUCUUCAUAAGAUUCAUUGUUGGAGCAGUAGGCAUCUUUCUUAUGAUGCAAGAGCUUUGUUGGUGAAAUUCAAUUCUUAUGAGCCUGCACACGUAUUGGGCCCAGGUUCUGCUCAUUCCAGUUAA